AUGACAGAGCCAGCAGCUUGUAAAGAGGACAAGCUUCCGGAGCCAGCUGCCCUGAAGAAAGUUCAGAAAGAGUGGACUUGUGCUCUAUGCCAGGUGACAACCGCAUGUGAGGCAAACUUGAACAGCCAUCUUCAAGGGCAGAAACAUAGGGCAACGUUGGAUGAGCUCAAAGCUAGUAAGCAGGCAGCCAAAAACACGGGUUCUUCAUGUUUGACACCAAACAAAUCAGAUCAAGCCAAAAAGGAGUCAAUCAAGUGUGUAUCUAGGGAUAAGCCAAGCAAAUAUAAGACUGCAGAACAAGAGUUAAAAAUGCCGGUGAAUAGCAGCAACAGUGAGCAAUUUAAGCAGAGAAGUACUAAUACUAGUAAUGCUGGGACGAAGCUGUCUAAACGGUGGUGCAGUAUCUGUGAUGUAAGGUUCCCCGGAGAGAUUGACAUGGCCGCUCACCUCAAUGGAAGUAAGCACUUGUCUCGGAUUAAAGAGAUGUUAGAUCUUUGUGGUGGCGAAAAAGGGUGGGAGUGUGGUAUCUGUAAUGUAAGGUGUUCCGCAGAGAGUGUCAUGGUUGGUCAUAUUAAUGGAAAGAAGCACUUUUCCCGGGUUGAACAGAUGCUCAAUCCAGUAGGUGGCCAACCGGGGCUUUGCAGUAUCUGUAAUAUGCUCAAUCCUGUAGGUGGCCAACCGGGGUUUUGCAGUAUCUGUAAUGUAAGGUGUUCCGGAGAGAUUGACAUGGCUGCUCACCUUAAUGGAGGGAAGCACUUGUCCCGGAUUCAAGAGAUGAUCAAUCCUCUGGUGGUGGCCAAUAAGGAUGGGAUUAAGGUGGUGGCUCAGUAG